AUGAGUCGUCCAGCGGUCGAGGAACCGUCGUCAAGCGCGCAAGAACGCGACUUCAAUACGAUUGUUACCAACCUUGCCAACCAAGACAUGGUGCUGUGGUAUCGGAAGCCAAACCUACGCAACCUCUACUUUAUGCUUAUACCGACAUGUAUGGGCAUUCAGAUGACCUCCGGCUUCCAUUCACAGAUGGUCAACGCUAUGCAGAUAUUGCCGUCAUGGAUCAAUUAUUUUGGCAAUCCUCAAGGAUCUCUCAAGGGUAUCAUUGCAGCUGCCUACCCUCUAGGUGCUAUUCUGUCGCUUCCAUUGAUACCUAUCAUCAACGAUCGACUCGGGAGACGUUGGUCCAUUUUCAUUGGAUCAUUCAUCAUGGUUAUUGCUUCUUUGGUACAAGGAUUUGCUAAUUCUGCUGGUUCUUAUAUCGCUGCUCGGUUAAUCCUUGGCUUUGGCAUCCCGCCGUGUUUAGUAUCAGGCUCCUCCUUGAUCGGAGAAUUGGGAUACCCAAAGGAACGAGCAGUUUUGACAUCGCUUUUCAGUGUUUCGUAUUUCUUCGGUCAGAUCUCUGCGGCCGGCAUAUGCUUUGGUACCAACGGGAUAACGACCAAUUGGGGAUGGCGUAUUCCUUCCCUACUCCAGAUCGUGCCCCCAAUGCUUCAACUCUGUUUCGUCUUCUUUGUUCCCGAAAGUCCGCGGUGGCUGGUUGCCAGGGACCGGAGUCAAGAAGCGAUGGAGACGCUGGUGAAAUAUCAUGCCGAGGGCCGAGAGUCUGAGUUCGUAAAAGCUGAGAUGGCACAGAUCCAGUCGACAUUGCGCAUCGAGAUGCGGAGUACCAAGAGGUCAUGGCUUGAUCUUGGAGCAACUGCUGGCAUGCGAAGACGUUUGUUGACUACCUGCAUGUUGGGGCUGUUCACUCAGUGGUCUGGCUCGACCCUAAUCUCAUACUACCUUGGCGACCUACUGCAGAUUAUCGGGAAGGACUCUUCCCAUUUCAAGCAGACUAUCAAUGUCAGCUUGUCUUGCUGGAGUCUUGUAUGUUCUUUCACCGCUUCUAUGCUUGUUCGUCGCUUCAAACGACGGCACAUGUACCUAGCCUGCACAGCUAGUCUGCUCGUUGUCUUCUCCAGUUACACUGUUAGCAUGGAGAGGGCAAUUACAGCAAAGGAGAAUGGGCAGGUAAACAAUGCUGCCGGUACAGCUAGCAUUUUUCUAUUGUUUGCAUACUCUCCCGCCUACUGUCUCGCGCUCAAUACUGUUACCUAUACAUACUUGGUUGAGAUCUGGCCCUACGCUGAGCGAUCUCGUGGUAUAGCUGUUUUCCAGCUCUUUUCGCGCUGUGCUGAGUUCUUCACGACCUUUGUCAAUCCUAUUGGGCUUGCAAACAUAAGUUGGCGGUAUUUUCUUACUUACUGCUGCUUUCUCGCUUUCGAAGUUGCUUUUGUGUACUUUUACUUCCCAGAGACAUCUGGUAGAACCCUUGAAGAAGCAACGUUCUUAUUCGAGGAUGAGAAGUCAUCGGCUGAAAAGGCCAUCCUUGAAGUGGAGAACUCAACUGCCACCGAACUCAUGCAACGAGACUCUAUGGAACGUAGAGCAGAAGAACCUCGGAUGAAGAGUUCACUGUAA